AUGAAUCCGGGCAAUGCAAGCAUUCCAAAGUUCUUCAUCCUAUUGGGUUUCUCUGACCAUCCCUGGUUGGAAAAACCACUCUUCAUAAUGGUGCUUGUGGCUUACAUCUGCACACUAGUGGGAAACAUCUCCAUUAUUGUUGUGUCCAAGGUGGAUCCUCAUCUUGACAGCCCUAUGUACUUCUUCCUUUCCAACCUCUCCUUUCUGGACCUGUGUUUUACCACAACCACCAUCCCUCAGCUGCUGGUGAACCUCUGGGGCCAAGAUAAGUCCAUCAGCUAUGGAGGCUGUGUGGCCCAGUUCUAUGUGUUUCACUUCCUGGGGGCCACGGAAUGCAUCAUCUUGGUGGUCAUGUCCUUGGAUCGGUACAUAGCCAUCUGCAAGCCCUUGAGGUACCCAGCUAUCAUGCAUCAGAGACUCUGUGUCUUCCUAGUGUCUGUGGCAUGGAUAAGUGGUUUGACUAACUCCUUGCUUCAGGCAUCUCUCACUGUCCAACUGCCACUUUGUGGUAACAACAAGGUGGAUGACUUCCUUUGUGAGAUUCCAGUGAUGAUCAAGAUGUCCUGUGUCGACACUGCUUUCAAUGUAACUAUGCUCUCUGUUGUGGGUACAUUCUUCACCCUGGUCCCCUUGUCUCUUAUCCUUGUCUCUUAUGGGUUCAUUGUAACUACAGUGCUCAGAAUUCGUUCAUCAAUGGGAAAGAAGAAGGCCUUCAACACCUGUGGCUCCCAUGUUAUUGUCGUCUCUCUCUUCUACGGGCCAGUAAUAUGCAUGUAUGUGCAACCUUCUGGUACUAACUCCCAGGACAAGAACAAACUCAUGGCCCUGUUCUACAGUCUGCUGACUCCUAUGCUUAACCCUUUUAUCUAUACUUUGAGGAACAAGGACAUGAAAGGGGCAAUAAGGAGACUUCUCCUCCCAUUGAGCUAUCAGGGAAGAGAAUAA